AUGCCUGUCAAACGAUCCGGAUAUAGACACAGAAAAUGGGUAAGACUGAUUACCGUUCUUGCAUAUAUUUUGGCCGUUUCUAUGGCGGCCAUUAUUUUAGCCAUCUAUUACAUCUUUGUUUGGGACCCGAAUCCAAAUAUUGACCAGCAAACUGUCAUGAUGCAACAACAACGAAGACAAUCGCAAUACACGUCGCCCUCAACUCAAGUAUUGAGGAAAGACAUGACUCCGUCUGCUGCUUCUUAUGUGAAUGAUUCAUUGAUAACUUCUACUACCAAUCCAUCUUAA